AUGCCAGAAGUAACUACAUCUGAAGAACAAACUUCUAAUACUCAACCAAUUACGGUUGAACCAGCAGCGAUAAAUAAUAUGUCGCCUAAUUUAGUCUCUCAAACUAAUGAACCAAAUAAAACAAGUUCUGAACAAAAUAUUCCCCAAAAUAUUCGUAAACUUCGUGGGGGAG